AUGCGUAGGAUCAACAUGACUGACAUCAAAAUACUUAGUCCACUUAACAGCACCAAACCAAUCCUAGAAUGUAGUAGAUUGAGAAUGAUUUAUGCAUUUUCGAGUGAGGAGGUGACGGCGCCGAGCAUUCCCAGUGCCAGACUUCUCAACUCACCCGGCGUCAAAACAGAAGAAGACAAAGGAAAGAAUAUUCAAGAACGGCACCAAGUCGGACAAGAAAAUGAAGGCCUCAAGAUUGAAUUUUGUAAUUUAAAAGAAAGUAUUUUCCAGCAAGGUAAGGAAAUUAGCAGCUUGACUGAUAAGGUAAGGAUGCAGGAGGAACACAUCAAGGAACUAGUAAAGGAUAAUGAGACAUGGAAAGUGAACAGUAGGGAAUUUGAAGAAAUUAACAUGAAAAUAGACUCAUAUGGUGAACAACUCCAAGGAACCUUGAGGGCUAACAUGGAGUUAGGCAAGGAGAUGCAACGAGAAACUUCAUUGGCAACUCAAAUAGAUGAGGCUAAUAAAGCACUACAAAAGUUAUACCCGGUUCUCCCCGGGGGCUUCUCCCCCGCGGGCUUCACCCCUGGGGGCUUCUCCCCCACGGGCUUCACCCCUGGGGGCUUCUCCCCCGCGGGCUUCAUCCCUGGGGGCUUCUCCCCCGCGGGCUUCAUCCCUGGGGGCUUCUCCCCCGCGGGCUUCAUCCCUGGGGGCUUCUCCCCCGCGGGCUUCACUCCUCGGGCUUCUCCCCCGCGGGCUUCACUCCUCGGGGCUUCUCCCCCGCGGGCUUCACUCCUCGGGGCUUCUCCCCCGCGGGCUUCACCCCUGGGGGCUUCUCCCCCGCGGGCUUCACCCCUGGGGGCUUCUCCCCCGCGGGCUUCACCCCUGGGGGCUUCUCCCCCGCGGGCUUCACCCCUGGGGGCUUCUCCCCCGCGGGCUUCACCCCUGGGGGCUUCUCCCCCGCGGGCUUCACCCCCGCGGGCUUCACCCCUGGGGGCUUCUCCCCCGCGGGCUUCACCCCUGGGGGCUUCUCCCCCGCGGGCUUCACCCCUGGGGGCUUCUCCCCCGCGGGCUUCACCCCUGGGGGCUUCUCCCCCGCGGGCUUCACCCCUGGGGCUUCUCCCCCGCGGGCUUCACCCCUGGGGCUUCUCCCCCGCGGGCUUCACCCCUGGGGGCUUCUCCCCCGCGGGCUUCACCCCCGGGGGCUUCUCCCCCGCGGGCUUCACCCCCGGGGGCUUCUCCCCCGCGGGCUUCACCCCUGGGGGCUUCUCCCCCGCGGGCUUCACCCCUGGGGGCUUCUCCCCCGCGGGCUUCACCCCUGGGGGCUUCUCCCCCGCGGGCUUCACCCCUGGGGGCUUCUCCCCCGCGGGCUUCACCCCCGGGGGCUUCUCCCCCGCGGGCUUCACCCCCGGGGGCUUCUCCCCCGCGGGCUUCACCCCCGGGGGCUUCUCCCCCGCGGGCUUCACCCCCGGGGCUUCUCCCCCGCGGGCUUCACCCCCGGGGGCUUCUCCCCCGCGGGCUUCACCCUUGGGGGCUUCUCCCCCGCGGGCUUCACCCCUGGGGGGCUUCUCCCCCGCGGGCUUCACCCCUGGGGGGCUUCUCCCCCGCGGGCUUCACCCCUGGGGGGCUUCUCCCCCGCGGGCUUCACCCCUGGGGGGCUUCUCCCCCGUGGGCUUCACCCCUGGGGGCUUCUCCCCCGCGGGCUUCUCCCCCGCGGGCUUCUCCCCCGCGGGCUUCACCCCUGGGGGCUUCUCCCCCGCGGGCUUCACCCCUGGGGGCUACACCCCUGGGGGCUUCUCCCCCGCGGGCUUCACCCCCGCGGGCUUCUCCCCCGCGGGCCUCACCCCCGCGGGCUUCUCCCCCGCGGGCUUCACCCCCGCGGGCUUCUCCCCCGGGGCUUCACCCCCGCGGGCUUCACCCCCGGGGGCUUCUCCCCCGCGGGCUUCACCCCCGGGGGCUUCUCCCCCGCGGGCUUCACCCCCGGGGGCUUCUCCCCCGCGGGCUUCACCCCCGGGGGCUUCUCCCCCGCGGGCUUCACCCCCGGGGGCUUCUCCCCCGCGGGCUUCACCCCUGGGGGCUUCUCCCCCGCGGGCUUCACCCCUGGGGGCUUCUCCCCCGCGGGCUUCACCCCUGGGGGCUUCUCCCCCGCGGGCUUCACCCCCGGGGGCUUCACCCCCGGGGGCUUCUCCCCCGGCCGCGGGCUUCUCCUCGGAUGCAUCAAAGUUUUAG